CACCCGGAGAGCGGCGCUAGAGCAGGGGCCGGCCGGAGCGGGGCGCGCGCAGCAUGGCGGAAGCGGAAGGGAGUUCGCCGCUCCUGUUGCCGCCGCCGCCACCCCCGCCCGGGAUGGCGGAAGUGGAGGUGCCGACGGCGGCCGAGACGGACAAGAAGCCUUUCAGCGGCUCGGGCGGCAGCACCAUGGACGUGGACCGGAGCCGUUUUCCCUACUGCGUGGUGUGGACGCCCAUCCCGGUGCUCACGUGGUUUUUCCCCAUCAUCGGCCACAUGGGCAUCUGCACAUCCACGGGAGUCAUUCGGGACUUUGCUGGCCCCUACUUUGUCUCGGAAGACAACAUGGCCUUCGGGAAGCCUGCCAAGUACUGGAAGCUGGAUCCUGCUCAGGUGUACGCUAGCGGGCCCAAUGCGUGGGACACAGCUGUGCACGACGCCUCCGAGGAGUACAAGCACCGCAUGCACAGUCUCUGCUGUGACAACUGCCACUCACAUGUGGCGUUGGCCUUGAACCUGAUGCGCUAUAACAACAGCACCAACUGGAACAUGGUGACGCUCUGCUUCUUCUGCCUGCUGUACGGGAAGUACGUCAGAGGCAGGGUUCUGGACAGGUGGCCUCCGUGGUGGCCAGGGAGGACCUUUGAAACCACAGCCUCAACCUGUAAGGUCAAAGGCAUUAUUCCAGUUUUCAGGUAAGGGGACUCAGAGAGCUUGACUGAUGCACCCACCUUGGCGCCAGCAUGGGCCUGGUCCCCCCCUCCCCGGCCACCUCUCCAGCCCUCCCGCUAGCCACAUGCAUCAUUAAGAGCUUCUGAAAAAGAGACUCUUAGGGGUCUUUUUUUUUUUUUUUUUAAAUUCCGAAAGUUCUUUAGCAGUCCCCAGAGAAGACUGUAACCGCAGUCACCCAGACAUUGAGGCAGAGCCCUGACUCCCAGCCCCUCCGCUCCAGCCACAGCACUGUGCUGACUCCUCCCACCCCUUGCUUCCCAGAGGGCCUCAUUAGAGGGCUUCCACACCGAGACUCAAGACCUCCCCAGAAAGAGCUCAUUGUGGAGGGAGCGGUGAGGCCCAGAGAGGGGUGGGUGCGUCUCUCGUGCUGGCCCAGUGUGGUGUCAGAUGUCUGCCAGAAACCUGGAACAGCCCCUGCCCGGGACAGUAACUGGUGACUCUGCAUCGUCGGUGUCGAGCCAGGCUGGGCCUGUUCCCUUGACUGACCAAGUCUGGGGGGUGAGGGAGUGGUUCCAGGAGCUUCCUUAGGAGCAGCAGCCCCAUCUGGGCCGGUGGGCGGACAGGGCUCCAUGAAACACAUCCCAUUCCUCGGCCCCUUCCCAUUCGGACUCCCGUCUCUCCUCUCUGUCAGCGUGGGGGCCUUCGUGAAGACCUGGCUGCCGUUCGUCCUCCUCCUGGGCAUCAUCCUAACUGUCAGCCUCGUCUUCAACCUUCGGUGAUGGCUGCCUCCUGGCCCUGAGCCCACCAGGUUCCUGAGGAGGCAGUCGCCACCCCUUUUGGUUCCAGAUUUUUUCUUCUCACCCCAAAAGGCAGGGAUGGGUUUGCUCGUUUUGACCCAGUGGUCUGGGCCAGAUGGACUGAACAAUGGCUGAAGAGGAACAUGGGGCGGGGGCUGUUUGCUUGUUGUGUCUCACUGGUCACUGAGAAGCUCCCUGUCCCCUCCUUCCCAGACUUGUGACCCCCGCCCUUGAGGUACCCUCUUUGGUCACCUGUUGGAAAGGCCUUAGCUUGCCUCUGUAGAGCUACUCCUGCCACUGCCCACUGGGCUCCCUCUGCCUCAGCCCAGUGCCCGGUGGGGAAGGGGAGCAUGUUUGGACCACCGGACAAGGCCGCACAGGGGCCAGAGCUGGAUUUGGAGCGCAGCCGCCUGCCAGGGCUCUGGUCCCAGGGUGGGUGGAGUACACUGAGAAGUUUCCAUAAGCUAAGCUGCCCUGGGACUUUCACCACUAGUCUCUAGAAUGGUCUAAUAGGACUGGGUGGCCCCCAGUCAGAUGUCUACCAGAAGCUGCACUAGGGGCAGUUCGUGCCCCAUCUCCUGGUGUCCUCCAGCCCCUGCAGACCCUGCUUCCUCUUCUCCCUGGGCUUCGCAGCACGUGAGUCCAUCUCCCCAUGCAGUUGGGGGUCGGGGCUCCCCCAGCCAGCCCAGGGAGAUGAGUGAUGCUGACAUGCCCUGAGUGACCCGCUGUAGACCAGAGCAAUGUAAACGGAGCUUGGCUUCAGCCCCAGGCAUGGGCCUUGCACAGGCGCACUGGUGAUGGCCCCAUGGGUCCGGGAUGCUGGGGGCCAGCCAUCAGGGCAGCCAGUGCCCUCAGGGAGCGGGAGGGGAGCUGUUUCCUCCCACCUGCCACAGUUCCCCUUAACUUCAAGUUGUGGAAAGGGCAUGUGCGGCCCCUCACCCCUGCUCCGAGGAUUCCUUGCGCGGGGCUCUCUGGGCAGGGUAAUAAAGAGUUUGACUCCAGAA